AUGCCUAUCAAAUCAUUAGAGACUUAUCUCUUCGAGAGAGGUCUUGUUGGUGCUUAUCCAAUUGAGUCCUUGAAAAAUUCAACAUUAGGUAUAGACAUUAACCAUUAUGUUUCAAGACUACUGAGUUAUAAGAAGGAACAAUUCUUAGAUGCCAUCGGUGGCUUCCCAACUAGUUUGAAAAUGUAUUUAGAAAGUGAUUUGAAAAUAUUUAAAGAAUAUAAAAUCACUCCAAUCUUCAUAUUUAAUGGAUCAAUGACUUAUAAUCAAUUAGAAUCAAAUGGUUAUUUUAAUGCCUCUGCCGCAGAAGCUUCAGCUUCAUCCAAUUUGGAAAUCUCAUUGGGCUCUGGAAGUCCUCCUGGAAGUUCCACUCCAAAGACAAGUAAAGAAUUAUUACUGGCUCAAAGGCAUAGAGGUUGGACUCAAUGGAGUAACCUAAUGACAAGUAAUCAAAGUUCUUACAUUGAUCAACCAAUUCAACCUCAAGAACCAUUUAGAUACAAUUCUGUUAUUGAAUUGAAAAGAUACCAAUCUGAUUUAAUUAACUAUUUCAUCGAUCAUGAUAUCGUUUAUCAAGUCGCACCUUAUUGUUCUUGGAUUCAAUUGGCAUAUUUAUAUGAUAACGGUUACAUUGAUGCCAUUUAUGGUCCAACUGAUUGUUUAUUAUUGAAAAAUAUUGAAAAAUUUAUCCUCGGUAUGGAAUUCCCAAACAAAGAUUUCAGAUUCAUAGAUAAGACAAAAGUAUUAAAAGAUUUCCAAUGUACUCAUGAAGAUUUCAUUGAUAUUGCAAUGGCUGUCGGUAAUGAUUUACAAUCUAGUACUUUACCCCCUUUACAAAUUUAUCCAAAUUCAAAAAUCUUUGAUAUUGCUCUUGAAAUGUUCUUGAGUACUGGGACUAAUUUCUACGCUUAUCAAUUGUCUAAUCCAAUAAAGGAAGAAAGUGACAAAUAUAGACAAAGAUAUGAGAAAGGUGUUUCCUCUUUAAAAUUUAUGCCUGUUUUGAAAACAAAUGGUAAAGUUGAAUUAUAUACCUAUGAUGGUGAUAAUUCAGGUACCUCUUCCAUUAAUGAUAAUGAUAAUAAUAAUAACGAUAAUGAUAGCGCAACUAAUAUUAAACAUAAGAAGGAUACUGUCUCAACUUCUCCAUCUUCAUCUUCAUCUUCUACACAUGAAAUCCAAUCAGAUAUCCCUAAUGAUGUCCAUGAUUUUAUUGCUCAACAAUUACCAUCAGAAUAUUAUUUUUAUAGAUCCUUAGGUUUAGUCACUGGUAAAUUAUUUGAUGCCAUAAGUACUGGUAUCUAUCCUGAAGAACCACCAUUAGAUGGAGGUUCUUCCGAUUCUUAUAGAGAAUUAUUGAAAUUAUCCGUAGAUAUGUUUAAAAAUAAAGAUAUAAAUUUAUUGACUCAGCCAAUCAAUAGAUAUUUCCAAAUGAAACAAAUCAAGCAAAUUAAAUGGUUCUCACCAAAUUAUCCAACUUCAUUAAUAAAUAGAACUUCCCCAUCAUUAUUUGAAAAAAUCAAUAGAAUAAUAGUUAAGACACAAGAUAAAGAAAAACAAUUUUCCAUUGCAGAACUUAUUAAACUUCUUUCUGAAAGUAGUGAUAUUUCAGCAGAUUUCGUUUCUGAAGAAGUCAUUUUCCCUAAUUCAGUUCCAAUGGAGAAAAAAUUAUCUACAUCAUUUGAUUUAUUAUCUACAAGCAUGUUAAGAGUUUUAACCCAGUUAGAAUUUUUUGAUUUCAAUAUUCCCACUAAAUCGUUAAAACCAACUAAGUUAGGGUCUGUCUUAUUGAAUUUACCUAAAUUAUCCAUCGAUGAUAAACAUUACGACUCUAUAUUACUAUUAUUAAUAUUUUUGAAGACAAAGGUAAUGUCAUUAUCAGAAGAUGUAAAACCAUCAGUUCGUUCUGCAUUAUCAGACGUUACUCUACGAACAUAUCCUCAAGAAUCUCAAUAUAUUUUAUUAAUUACUCGAAUCCUAACAUUAUUUCAAAUCAAUCAAAGACCAACAAAUUACCAUGGUCCAAUCGACAAGAAAACAUUAAUAUUUAGAGAACACUUAGAUUUCAUUAGAGAGAACAUGAAUGAAAUAUAUGAAGCGACAUUGAUUUCAUCAUUAACUGCCAACGAAUUUGAUAGAUUAUCAUUAGAUAAUUUCGAAUGGCAAUCCAAAGUCGUUAGAAAUAUGCCAUUUAAAUUAGCUACCCCAAAUACUAUAAUGGCAAUGAUGUGGGAAUUCUUCCUUCAAAAAUAUUUACAUAACGGGAACGUUAAGACUGAUGCCUUGGCUUUAGUAGCUACUGAAUUUGGAACUUAUAAAUCAGUUCCUAAUUUGAAUGAACAAUUUGAACAUUCUUAUGAAUAUUUGAUGCAAAUAUUGAAAGUUCUAAAAGAACUGAAUGCUAUUGGCUUGUUUGAUAGAAAAGAUUUGAAAAUAGUAGAAGAAGCAUUGGAAUUUUGUAGCAAUGCUAUUAAGGAACAAGAAAAUUGA